CAGAGAAGAGCGAGAUCACACAUUAAACUCUUCUCAAAGGAGGUAGCUGUCAAAAAUUGUAGAAAAAUUUGGAGGUGAAAGAUGCGAAGUUUUGUCAAUGUUUUCGCAAAACUUAUUCAAUGUCAUCCACAUUUAACAGCAAGAAAUGUUACAAAUAUACAUCCAAAAUGUAUGUAUGAAUGUAGAAGAUUUAUGAAAAUUUACACUAAAACAGGAGAUAAAGGAACUUCAGCCACUUUUACUGGGGAAAGAAGAAGAAAAGAUGAUAUUGUUUUUGAAGCAUUGGGUAGUACAGAUGAGCUUACUUCUGCUAUAGGGUUAGCAAGAGAAUAUUGUAAAGAUGCUGGGCAUCCAUUUAUAGACCGACUAGAGGAGAUACAAUGUAUACUUCAGGAUGUUAGUUCAAAUAUAGCAACACCAAAAUCCUCAGCCAGGGAAUCUCAUAGCAAUCUAACUGAAUUUAGUGUGAAUUAUGUACCUACAUUAGAGACUUGGAUAGAUGAGUAUACUCAACAGUUACCUCCCUUAGAAAAUUUUAUAUUGCCUUCUGGUGGAAAGAGUGCAGCAUCUCUUCAUUUAGCUAGGUCAAUAUGUAGAAGAGCUGAGAGAAGAGUAACAACAGUUGUUAGAGCAAGAGAGAUGGAUACUGAACCAAUGAAAUAUUUAAAUAGACUCAGUGAUUUGUUGUUUACAAUGGCAAGAUUAGCAGCUCAUUUAGAAGGGGAAGAUGAGAAAAUUUACAGAAGAAUUCCAUCAGAACCAAAGACAUAAAAUCUGUGCCAAACUUUACAAGUGUUUUUUUUAUACAGAUUUAAUAAACUUAUGCAAAACUUAA